AGUCAGCCGCUACAAAAGCGCCACGUAUAGAAUUCUCAAUCCACAUCUGCUCUCUUCAACAACACAAUAACUUCGCUUCGCUGCUCUUCAUCAGACCAUAUUCUGUGCGCGCGAGAAAGUUUACAGCUUCGAUUCUUCUUCUAUUUUCUGUCUAUAGAUGGCAGCAUCAUCAGCUUGCAUUGUAGGGAAUAAUGGUUUAUCAACCCAUACUACCAAAAACAAGUUGAGCAAAGAUGUCUAUGGCAAACAUCUUUUUGUUCCUUCAAGAUUUCAGUUAUUAGGAAAGGAAUCAAAAACAAUUGUCAUAAAAGCUUCUCUAGACCAGAGGCAUCAGGAGGGAGGAAGAGGUAUUCUAAAGAAUGUAGGAAGAAGAGGCUUUCUAAAGCAUUUGCUUGGAAACGCAGGACUUGUUGCCCCCACUUUACUGGGAAGUGGGAAGGCUUAUGCUGAUGAUCAAGGAGUUUCUUCCUCCAGGAUGUCCUAUUCCAGAUUUUUAGAGUACUUGGAUAAGGACAGAGUAAAAAAGGUUGAUUUAUUUGAGAAUGGAACCAUUGCUAUUGUUGAGGCUGUUUCUCCUGAAUUAGGAAACCGGGUGCAGCGAGUUCGUGUACAACUGCCAGGACUCAGCCAAGAGCUUCUCCAGAAGUUCAGAGAGAAGAGCAUUGACUUUGCUGCACACAAUGCUCAAGAAGACUCAGGUUCCCUGUUAUUCAAUUUGAUUGGAAAUCUGGCUUUCCCGUUAAUCUUAAUAGGGGGUCUGUUCCUUCUCUCUCGACGUUCAUCUGGAGGCAUGGGUGGUCCUGGCGGGCCUGGUUUCCCCCUGGCUUUUGGUCAAUCAAAGGCAAAGUUCCAAAUGGAACCAAACACUGGUGUCACAUUUGAUGAUGUUGCCGGAGUUGAUGAAGCAAAGCAGGAUUUCAUGGAGGUUGUUGAGUUUCUCAAGAAGCCAGAGAGAUUCACUGCAGUUGGGGCUCGCAUUCCAAAAGGUGUCCUUCUUGUUGGUCCUCCAGGAACCGGAAAGACUCUUCUAGCCAAGGCCAUUGCCGGUGAAGCUGGUGUUCCAUUUUUCUCCAUAUCUGGUUCUGAGUUUGUUGAGAUGUUUGUUGGUGUUGGUGCCUCUAGAGUCCGUGAUCUCUUCAAAAAGGCCAAAGAAAAUGCUCCUUGCAUUGUAUUUGUAGAUGAAAUUGAUGCUGUUGGAAGGCAAAGAGGCACUGGCAUUGGUGGAGGAAAUGAUGAAAGAGAACAGACCCUUAACCAGCUUUUGACAGAAAUGGAUGGUUUUGAGGGUAACACUGGUAUCAUUGUCAUUGCAGCAACUAAUAGGGCAGACAUCCUAGAUUCUGCCUUGUUGAGGCCUGGAAGGUUUGACAGACAGGUGACUGUUGAUGUUCCAGAUAUACGGGGAAGAACAGAGAUAUUAAAAGUUCAUGCUAGCAAUAAGAAAUUUGAUUCAGAUGUCUCUCUUGAUGUGAUAGCCAUGAGAACACCUGGUUUCAGUGGGGCUGAUCUUGCAAACCUUUUGAAUGAGGCAGCUAUUUUGGCUGGUCGACGUGGAAAGACUGCUAUAUCGUCCAAAGAGAUUGAUGAUUCAAUUGAUAGGAUUGUUGCUGGAAUGGAAGGAACAGUUAUGACUGAUGGAAAGAGUAAAAGUCUUGUUGCAUAUCAUGAAGUCGGCCAUGCUAUUUGUGGAACUUUGACUCCAGGGCAUGAUGCAGUCCAGAAAGUCACAUUAAUUCCACGUGGUCAGGCACGAGGUCUUACCUGGUUUAUUCCAGCAGAUGAUCCUACCCUGAUCUCCAAGCAGCAACUUUUUGCAAGAAUAGUUGGUGGUCUCGGUGGCAGAGCUGCUGAGGAAGUUAUCUUUGGUGAGCCUGAGGUGACCACUGGGGCAGCUGGUGAUUUACAGCAGAUAACUGGCUUGGCAAAGCAGAUGGUGACCACAUUUGGAAUGUCUGAAAUUGGGCCAUGGUCACUUAUGGACUCCUCAGCACAAAGUGCUGAUGUGAUCAUGAGAAUGAUGGCAAGAAACUCCAUGUCUGAAAAGCUCGCAGAAGACAUUGAUGCUGCUGUGAAGAGGCUAUCAGAUAGUGCAUACGAGAUUGCAUUAGGCCACAUAAGGAAUAACCGUGAAGCCAUAGACAAGAUUGUGGAAGUCCUACUUGAGAAAGAGACGAUGACCGGUGACGAGUUCCGAGCAAUUCUCUCAGAAUUUGUCGAGAUUCCUGCUGAAAAUCGGGUUCCUCCUUCAGUACCAUCGCCAGUGAGUGUGUAAUGGGCAUAUACUUCUCUUAUUGACAUUUUGAUCAUACGUCUUCAAGCUUAAAUGUAUAAUUGGCAGCUAAAUUAUUAUGUAUAUUAAUUUGAAACCAACGAGUCAUCAUACGGCUAUAAUUAGUUUUCCA